CGUAGGUUGUGAAGUGUUUAUGCACUCAAAAGCGAGGUAUUGUGCACUUCAGAAUUAUGAGGACUGUUUUGUUUUAUUACAAACAAAUGUCCUUCUGACUCGAAGGAAGGAAAGUGCUUUCCACAAGUGGUGAGAGAAGAUUACACCAAGCGUAUGAAUGAAAUCUCAGAGCAGGAGCCUUGGUCUAAAUGGGUCCGGUUAUGCCUCCCAGUAAGAAGUCGGAAAGUUCCGGGGUCAGUGUCGCGAGUGGCCUGAGCCAGUUCUAUCAGGCAAGCUCCAUCACGCGCACCCUGCAAGAGGCCGAAGACAUUGACCUGGCUCUUCCCACCAUCAAACUAGAGAAGGGCAGUGUGGAGGACGAGGAGCUCACCAACCUAAACUGGCUCCACGAGAGCAAGAACCUUCUCAAUAGCUUCGGCGAUCCUGUGCUGAGGAGUGUCAGCCCCGUCCAGGACUUGGAUGAUGACACCCCACCCUCCCCGGCCCACUCGGACCUCCUUUACGAUGCCAAGCAGAACCCGAACUGCAAACCCCCUUAUUCAUUCAGCUGCCUCAUCUUCAUGGCCAUAGAAGAUGCCCCCUCCAAGAGACUGCCAGUAAAAGACAUAUACGACUGGAUCCUGGAACACUUCCCUUACUUUGCCAGCGCUCCCACAGGGUGGAAGAACUCAGUCAGGCACAAUCUGUCGCUCAAUAAGUGUUUUAAGAAAGUGGACAAAGACAGGAGCCAGAGUAUUGGAAAGGGCUCCCUGUGGUGCAUAGACCCAGAGUACAGGCAGAAUCUCAUCCAGGCACUAAAGAAGACCCCUUAUCAUCCUUAUUCCCAGGUGUUCACGACGCCACCCACCUCUCCUCAGGCAUAUCAAAGUAUGUCCAGUCCUCCAAUAUGGCCAGGAAGUCCCUUUUAUAGAAAAAACAAGGGAGUACUACUACAAGUCCCUCAGGGAGUGAUCCAGAAUGGAGCCUGUAUGAUGAACCCGGGCAUCUUCCCAGGAAUCCGACACCUUCCCAUUAGCCCCAUUGUGAGCAGGACAGCUGUUGUCAGGUCAGUACUUGCUGGCUAUGGAAUUAACAGUAACGGCGAGCCAAUCCUUAACUCGCCAUUGGUCUGCAGUGACCCCAAGGAUGACCACAACUACAGUUUUGCCAAAUCUUCCAGCUCUGAUGUCGGAGAAGAGACCCUCUGUGACGGAAGCGAGGUGAGCUUCCAUGCUAUCGAGGUCGGCAGUGACGCAGAGGAUGACGACAAGAGCAAAAUCAAGAAGGAGCCCAAGGAGUGGUCUGUGGAUGCCCUCGCAUUGGCCCAGCACAAGAAAAGGCAACAUUUGACAAAAGCCAAACUGAGAGUGGCAAGUGACACACUUCCUCUAAAAAAGAGGCGCACGGAGAAGCCUCCAGAAAGCGAUGAUGAGGAAAUGAAGGAGGCAGCCGGGUCCCUGCUCCAUUUGGCGGGAGUCAGGGCUUGUUUGAACAAUAUCACCAACCGGACGGCUAAGGGGCAGAAAGAGCAAAAAUAAUGAACAGACUGUAUUAUAAAGAGGAAAAAAAAAACAUCACUUUGAAUAGAAUUUACUAUUUUUUUCCAGGACAUCAGGUGAAUUCUACUGAUUUGUGGCAAUAUCAACAAUCACUUUGUUUUCCUAUCUUUAUAGGUAACAUUUUAAUGAGGGUUUCUUGUUUUAGUUCUCUUUUUAAUUUUAUUGUCUUUUUUAAUCUACGGAUAUUGAAGCCAUAGCUUUCCCUUUUUUUUUUUUUUUUUUAUAUUAAGCAAAGGAAUUCACUUGGCUGAUAAAGUGAUAGAGCUACACACAAAAUUUGCCCUGAGUGUCAUGGUUAAAAACAUGACAGGAAAUUUGUCUGCCUCUAAACGUAAAUGAUAAACAUUCUGCGCUGUUCUCAAUUUGUGGUGCAGCUCUACAUAGACAAUUACAAUUGACAGUUAUCUCUGAUGUGAAUAAAAUGUUUUCCCCUUGGUUAGAAGCACAGGGCCAUGCCAAAGACAAUCUUGUGGGCUUGAGUAAUUCCUGUGAUGUCACUUCCUCUUGAUGCUCUGCCCGUUGAUUCAGUCCAACAGCACUGGGUCAUGCAGUAAACGCUCAUGUCCUGUACUUGUCUUUGGGCUUGAAUGAAUCAUAAUUUAAUGAGAGAAAAGCCAUAAGCCUUUGCUAAAGUGCUUUUUAGAGGCAAAGGCAACUUGGUCUUUUAGAAUGACGUUACUAUACCUACAUUUUUGCAAAACAAUUUUUGCACGACUCAUUAUACGUAUCUUGGCAGUUUCCUGGUGAAAUGAACACUAGAGGCGUGACAACAAACACUUUUAUUCGCUUUCGACAGAUUAUCGGUUGAUAAACACUUCAUUUUUGCCCUGUUCCUCACACAUUGUGAUGUCUUGUGAACACUUUUACUAUAGCACAUUUUGACUUGUAAUAUGAUACAUUUUAACAUUUGCAUUACAUAACCAACUACAUUUACAAGCUUAUUCGAGUGUGUACAAUAGAACAUUGCACUAGUGAUGCGAAAGUCCGGGGAAUGAGUCCAGAAGAGCACGCAAGUUGCCAAAAGUGUCAUAGAAGCACCACAAAAAGAUGUUUUUUUUUUAAUCUCACAUUUACUUUUAUGACACUAUUGGUUAGGUUUAGGUUCAAGGUUUAGGGUAGGGAUGUAGGUUUUGGUGACUUAAAACUCUUAAAAAGUCUGUUUUAGUGCCACACAGUGAACAUUUCACCUCGGAACUGACCUCCUUCAUAUAGGUUGCCACAUAAUAUAACUUUGUAAAAAUGUCUCCCCAGUCUUGUAAUUUUCUUGAGAUCAGGUAGGGCAAAAGUGACACAUUAACAAUAUGUUUUUUAAAACUGCCCAAGUUUUUUCCUGAGCAAUUAAAAUAAGUGAUAUUGUCCAUCUAAAGUGAUAAGGGAUGGUGAUUUUUCUUCUUUGGCACAAUGAAAAUGGAAGCUUGGAGCUAAUGCUACAAUACCUGCCAAUUGUAUUUUAAUAGCAGAAAAUAAUGACUGUGGAGUUGUUUUGUGUUUGUUUGUUUGUUUGUUUGUUUGUUUUUUGUUUUUUGUUUACAUUUAAUUUUUUUUGUUUCAAACCCUCGUGAUGUAAUAAGCAAUUUCAUUCAGUCAGGAUAACACUGUAUAAAAGUUACACUAGACCAUAUUUUCCUUUCUUAAUUUAAGCAAUGUAGCCAGCAGGAUUUUCCAAAUCGUGUUGCAUGGGUUCUGUAAAGAAAAAGAAGACCUUUUUUUUUUGUUUUGUUUUUUAAUCAAAGUUCAUGUAAGGUAAAUAAUGUAUUUAGCAUGGAGCAUGAAUUAUUUUCAUAUAAAUAUAGAUCAUAGAGAACUACGGCACUGCCUCUAAUUUCUAUGCCAAUAGGCCUAGUCUCUUUCGUUGUUUUCAUCUCAUUUGAUUUGUUGUCCUCAUCAUAUUUCCGUUGAAGCAGGCAUUUUAAGAAUUACCUUCUUCAGGGACAAACAGUGACUGUUGGGAAACUCUCUCUGCAAUAUGACAACUUCACGCUACACGCAGGGUUAGGGCUGUCUCAGAGACCACAGCUGCCACCUAACGAAAACUGCUCCAGAGUUCCGAAUUUCAGCCAUGUCCAUGUCCGUGUCGUUAAGGAGAAAUUCAUAGUGAGUGUCAGUCCUCCCAGCUUCUUCCUGCUUUGUGCCUGCUUUUAUUUCAUGUGUAAUUCGGGUUUGCGUGUCUGUGAAUUAUUCAGGGUCUUCCAUUUAUUCCACAAGACUUUGGAUCUGCAGUACAAAAUGACACAUAGGUUUGUUCAUUUUUCUCUGUAUUACAUUGUAGCGCUGUUUUGGAGAAUUGUCAGUAUUGAUUUAGUUGAUCUUGGUACAGGCGGACAAACGGACAGAUAUUUACACUCACACAUACAUAUAUUUAAGCACUUAUAGGCAAAAAAGAAAGUGAUACCAGAGCUCAGUGCAAACGCUUGUGUACAUAUUUUCACGACCUCGCCAAAUUGCACUUUCAUUGAUUUAACGCAAGGAUGAUUCAGUGCCAAAGCCUGUAAUGAAUCUCUAUACACAGCAAAAUGGAGGCCACACUUGAUACGUAUGUCAAAUCAUAAACAUGUCAAUAAGUUGUAGCAUUUCUGUCAAAUACCCAUGUGCGAUAUCUUCAUAUUUGUUAAUAUCACAUUGCAUUGCUGUAAUUUGCUCAUCGGGAUGUCUUUUAUUUCAUUAAUUCAUACUGCCUUCCCCUCUUAUCUGAUAAUAAUGGUUCGACCCAAUGUUUUGUAGCGUGUUGAAUGUCAAACUCAUGAGUGUUAAUGUAAUGUAUUCAAUUGGCAUGCCUUUUUACCUAACUAAGCUAGAAAUUUCUUAACCACAUCAGAAUACCCCCAAUUUUAACCUUCGUACAGAUUUGUGACCUUGUUUUCAGUUUGGUCUUUUAUCAAAUUAACAUAUGCCAUAUCAAGUUUCACUUCAAAAUAGUUGAAAUGGAGGAAAACCAGUAGCAGAGAAAGCUAUGAAUACUUUAUAUACACUGCCUUUCUUCAACAGACAACACUCACUAUGUAACUUUUCCUUUUAGAGUUCUUAAAAUACGUUAAAAAGCAUCAACAAGAGCCAGUCAAAUAAGCGUUAAUAGGAGGCAAAGUGUUUCUUUUCUUUUCCCAUUGUGUUUUUUGUCAUUGAUAAUUUUGGUAAAAGGUUCUAAUGAACUGCCAUUAUGUUAAGUGUUUGAGUUUGUUAAGAUGAAAGUAAAGUUGAAAUGAAUUAUUCGGUCUGAUGGCAUGUGCACCCAGCUAAUAUGUCAAUAUAGAGGCAUAACUGCACUCUGUAUUUCCUUGACUUGUAAUCAUAUUGCCAAAGACAACAAUUUUAAUGAUUAAUGUAAAUAUCACUUUGUCCAUAACUACAACAAAUUCUAUUUGUUUUUGUUUCAUUUAAUUUUUCUCCAAACCCUACCAUAAAGUUUCUGUGACGUAUUGUCUUCCAGUUGCAAUAAAAAAAUAAAUAAAAAAAAAAGUUUCAAAGAUGA